AUGAAUUUAAAACAUUUGCCUACAAUAUUAUUUUUGAAUAUACCAGUCACUCUCGUGAUCACAUUUAAUUUAGCAUUUUAUUACAAACAUGUAACGUAUAUGGUGCCCUAUAUUAGCGAUUCGGGAGCCCUUCCUCCAGAAAGUUGUAUAUUCGGACAAUCUCUGAAUAUAUUGGCUUUUUUGACUGCGUUUGCCAUGUAUAUCAGAUACAGAUACGUAAAGGAAAUGUGUGAAGGACACUGCAUUUAUUUGAAAAACAGGAGAAUGAAUUUAGCAUCCCUUUAUACUGGUUUGGGAGCGGCGAUAGGCGUAAGCGUAGUCGCAAAUUUUCAGGAAGCAUUCGUGUUGUUUGUCCACGUAAUUGGAGCCUAUGCCGCUUUUGGAUUGGGAUCAGUUUACCAAUGUUUACAGACUAUAUUGUACUACCGAAUGUCAAGAGUAGUAGAGAACAAAUACAGCAAUAUCGUUCGUAUAUUUCUCUCUGUAGUGUCAGUAAUAUCAUUUAGCAUAUGUGCGGUUUUUGCUACCAUAGCUUUUGGAAUGUAUGAUGGUAAUACCGUUCAGAACUGGAAAGAAGAAGACAACGGGUACAAUUUUCAUAUAAUUAGCACGAUUGCGGAGUGGAUCUGUGCUGGUUGUACAAUAUUUUUUCUGUUUCUCUUCAAAAGUGAAUUUGAAAAUAUUGAUGUCAUGGAACCAGAGAUUUUUAUUCGUGAUGCUUUCGUCAUAACGAUAAACAAUGAAGAGUCAGCUUCUCGUGUUAUUGCUGGACCUGACACAGAUAAUGGAAAAUACUAA